CGGCACCUCCGCAAAGUACUGGCGUUUUGUCCGGCGAGCAGUCAGACUCCGGGAUAUCUGAGCGCGGGAAACCUGAGCGCUCCGGCCUCGAGGUAGGUAUCUUCCUUAAGGGCGCACGAUCACUGCCUCCUUCCACACGGAGUCUGUUUUUAGAUUGGCGUCCUCCUUGUCCGAGGUUGUAAAUCUCGGGCUUGGCCUUCAAAUGCCCCAGCCUCUUUCCGGACGGAACAGGUGAGCCCUGCAUGCUGCCCACGCCCCAGCUCUUGCUUUCCCAGCGGCCUGGCGCCCACAGGGGCACGAUGUUCCCCUGGGGGCUGAGCUGUCUGUCGGUGCUGGGGACGGCCGGUACAGCUCUCCUGUGCGCCGGCCUGCUGCUCAGCCUGAUCCAGCACCUCUGGACCCUCCGCUGGACGCUGAGCCGGGACCGGGCCUCCGCCCUGCCCCUGCCCAGGGGCUCCAUGGGUUGGCCCUUCUUCGGCGAAACGCUGCACUGGUUAGUUCAGGGCUCGCGCUUCCAUAGCUCCCGCCGGGAGCGCUACGGAACGGUGUUCAAGACGCACCUGUUGGGCAGGCCGGUGAUCCGCGUGAGCGGCGCCGAGAACGUGCGCACUAUCCUCCUGGGUGAGCACCGCCUGGUGCGUAGUCAGUGGCCGCAGAGUGCGCACAUCCUGCUGGGCUCGCACACACUGCUCGGCGCGGAUGGCGAGCCGCACCGGCGUCGGCGCAAGGUUUUGGCGCGAGUGUUUAGUCGCGUGGCGCUGGAGCGCUACGUGCCGCGUCUGCAGGAGGCCGUGCGGCGCGAGGUGCGCUGUUGGUGCGCGGCCCGCCGGCCGGUCGCCGUCUACGAGGCCACCAAGGCUCUCACCUUUCGCAUGGCUGCGCGCAUCCUACUGGGGCUGCGGCUGGACGAGGCGCAGUGCGCGGAGCUGGCCCGAACCUUCGAGCAGCUCGUGGAGAACCUCUUCUCGCUGCCCCUGGACGUGCCCUUCAGCGGCCUGCGCAAGGGCAUCCGGGCGCGGGACCAGCUGCAUCGGCACCUGGAGGGAGCAAUUGCAGAGAAGCUUCAUGAGGACAAGGCUGCAGAGCCAGGUGACGCUCUCGACCUGAUUAUCCACAGUGCCAGGGAGGUCGGCCGUGAGCUCUCAGUGCAGGAGCUGAAGGAGUCCGCUGUGGAGCUUCUCUUCGCCGCCUUCUUUACCACGGCCAGUGCCAGCACGUCCCUUGUCUUGCUGCUACUGCAGCACCCGGCGACCAUCGCCAAGAUCCGGCAGGAGCUGGAGGCUCAGGGGCUGUGGCGCAUAUGCGGCUGCGCGCCCCAGGCCGUGGGGGGCGGCGGGGGGCCCAAGCCCGACUGCGGCUGCGACCUCGACCUCAGCCUCGCGGCGCUGGGCCGUCUACACUACGUCGACUGCGUGGUGAAAGAAGUGCUGCGCCUUCUGCCGCCCGUGUCCGGGGGCUACCGCACAGCACUGCGCACCUUCGAGCUCGACGGCUACCAGAUCCCCAAGGGCUGGAGCGUGAUGUAUAGCAUCCGGGACACGCACGAGACGGCCGCAGUGUACAGCAGCCCGCUGGAGGGCUUCGACCCGGAGCGCUUCCGAGCCGCGCGCGAAGAUGCGCGGGGCGCUGCCGGCCGCUUCCAUUACAUCCCGUUUGGCGGCGGUGCGCGCAGCUGUCUUGGCCAGGAGCUGGCGCAGGCCGUGCUCCAGCUGCUGGCCGUGGAGCUGGUGCGCACGGCGCACUGGGAGCUGGCCACGCCCGCCUUCCCCGCCAUGCAGACCGUGCCCAUUGUGCACCCAGUAGACGGCCUGCAGCUCUUUUUCCGUCCGCUAGCGCCUUCGGCGGCGUCGAAUGGGCUACGACUCUGACCCGCUGCGCUACCGGACACGGCUUGGCCAGUAGCUGUGGCGCGCACGCA